AACUUGAAUUUUUGCAUCUUUGGGUCUAAAAAAGGCCCGAGUGAGAGACGAACCACCAUGGUUAUCGCCAUCAAACGAUGAAGAGCAACAACAACAACAGUCACAGCAAAGAAGAAGAUCUGAAGCAACAAGAAACAUCUCCCACUAAUUCUCACAUCACAACCCUCGAUUCAAGAUUCAAUCAAACUCUCAGAAAUGUUCAAGGGCUGUUAAAGGGUCGUAGCUUCCCGGGUAAAGUGUUGAUAACAAGAAGAUCAGAUCCACCAGAUGGUGCAAUCUUGGGCUCUCCUGGUGUUAGUCGAAGCCCAUCGGAAAUCGAUAGCCCACCAGAUAAACACAUGGAUGAUCCCACUGAGGAUCAAGUUCAUAUAAAUAAACCAAAUGCUAGUACAAGUGGUAAUAAGUUGAAACCGUCAAUGUCAAAUGUUGAAGAUGGGUCAAAAGAAGCUCCAAGAUUUGUGAUGGGUGCCCGAGCUACGGAUACUGCUAGGCUAAUGAAGUUCACAAAAGUGUUGGGGGGCACAACUGUCAUUUUAGACAAGCUGCGUGAGUUAGCAUGGAGUGGUGUGCCACCUUAUCUUCGUCCUAAUGUGUGGAGGCUUCUCUUGGGAUACGCACCCCCUAAUUCAGAUAGAAGGGAGGGAGUCCUAAGAAGAAAGCGCAUUGAAUACUUCGAUUGCGUUGCUCAGUAUUAUGACAUUUCAGAUAAUGAACGUACUGAUGAAGAGAUUACUAUGCUUCGACAGAUUGCUGUUGAUUGUCCUAGAACUGUGCCUGAUGUCACUUUCUUCCAACAAGCAGCAGUUCAGAAAUCUUUGGAGCGCAUACUCUACACAUGGGCAAUCAGACACCCGGCAAGUGGUUAUGUGCAGGGAAUAAAUGACCUUGCGACACCUUUUCUAGUAGUUUUCUUGUCAGAACACUUGGAAGGGAGUAUUGAUAAUUGGUCAAUUGCUGAUUUAGACCCUGCAAAGAUUUCAGAUGUUGAAGCGGAUUGUUAUUGGUGUCUAUCCAAGUUGCUUGACGGUAUGCAAGACCAUUAUACGUUUGCCCAACCCGGGAUUCAAAGGCUAGUGUUUAAGCUCAAGGAACUUGUCAGGCGAAUUGAUGAGCCUGUUGCAAAGCAUAUUGACGAGCAAGGACUCGAGUUUCUUCAGUUUGCUUUCCGCUGGUUCAACUGUCUUCUAAUACGAGAGAUCCCAUUCCAUCUCGUUACACGUUUAUGGGACACAUAUCUUGCUGAAGGAGAUGCUUUACCGGAUUUCCUUGUGUACAUAUUUGCCAGUUUUCUUUUAACGUGGUCAGAUAAACUCCUGAAGCUUGAUUUCCAGGAAAUGGUGAUGUUUCUUCAACACUUACCGACAAAUAAUUGGAGUCACCAAGAGCUUGAGAUGGUGCUGUCAAGAGCCUUUAUGUGGCACACCAUGUUUGAUAGUUGUCCCAACCACUUAGCCACCUGAGGUGAGCUGAGCCCACAUGGUUUUUUAGGAGUUUGAUUUAUUUUGUGGUGUAAAAAUGGAUAUCUAUCACUGUUGUAAAACUAAUAUGGUUUUCACUUUGAAGUUUAUAAUUGUAAAACAAACAAUUCUAUAUAAUUUGCCUUUUGUUUUGUUUU